CCCGCAAAAUGAAAUGCAGAAGGAUUGCAGACAGAGUAACCAGCGAUGUCCGUCCCAUGAUCGAUCACGAUUGACGUCGCAGGAGCUAACUUGUCCAAUAUUACGGACAUUAUGACGGAUGAAAGUCAAAGUUGAAGCACCUUGUUACGAAAUAGUAGUAUCUCCAAUGGACGUGGAUAAUCCUGAAGGUGAACUGAAUCUUAGGCCUGGUAACUAUGGCAACCACGUCAGCCAAUCAGAGGACUUGACAAUGUCUUCCGAACACCUGUCGCCUAUGUCGGAAUCGACUUUCACCUGCGGGUGUUGCUAUGAGAUCAUGGUCCAGCCGACUACUCUGAACUGUGGGCACAGCUUCUGCCGGCUGUGUCUGGCAAGAUGGUGGAAGACGCAGAAACGAACAACGUGCCCUGAAUGUAGACAUCCGUGGACAGGAUUCCCACAUGUGAACAUCAUCCUCAGGAACACGAUGGAGAAACUUUGCACCCCCCAGUUAGAGGCACGAGCUGCUACGUUACAAACACCGACCAGCGCUAGCAUCUUGGAGGAGUUUGAACAGUUUGGGCAAGAACUCGAGAAGACACAGACGAAAGGAAUGGCUGCUGGUAAUAGGGCGCCGCGAGGGUUUGUCUGGGGAGUACUAACAACGUUAGGAGUUGUGUUUGUGGUCCAGUUGCUACUCAACUGGGGUAGCGGGGACAGCAACAUGUUGGUCUAUAAGCCUCUGAGUACAUGGAAAUCUGAAGAGGUGUCGGAUUGGCUACAAGAGCUCGGAAGCUGGGCUGGGAACCAGUACAGUCAACAGUUCCUGGAACAUAGUAUCAAUGGUAAUUUACUGAUGGGAUUAACGGAGGAAUCUCAACUGGAAGAUGAACCGUUUAACAUCAAGAACGUCUUACACAGGCGAGCGAUACUAGCAGCCUUGGAGAGGGUCAAGGAACGGGGCGCCAAACCACCAAGAGACCUUUGGGAAUAUAAGUCCUUACAUAGAGGGUUAGCCACGUUCCUCCUCUUUGUCGUCAAGGAGUUUCCCCGCAUCACCAUCUCCUCCAUGUACAUCUUUUACUACGAGGAUAUCUUCUUGCCAUUCAUACACAUCACCUGUCCGGGAAGUCAAUCGGAAGAUAUCGUGGAGGGAAUGCAGUUACCAAAGAAUUAUAAUGACACCAUUGAAUGGGAUCAGUGGGCGGAGUUCAUCCCCAAGUUUAUCUUCUUGCCGUACUAUUUGAUGGCUGAGCUGUCCUGGGCGUGGAUCGACGUCAAUUUUAUGCCGGUGAUCUUCAUCCUCGCCAACUGUGUAUUCCUGACGAUGAUUGAAGCUAAGACGGUCAGGAAGGUCUUGAAACAUGGAUUGAAAGUACUGAUUCCAACGAUCAAGAAGCCAGCCAACACUAUGUUAUUCAUUCUCGUCUCGGUGGUCAUGUGGCCUCUCAUUCCCAGCAUCUUUUGCGACUUUGCCUUCUACAUCUCGCUGUACUACUCACCGUGUGGGAAUUUCUACACCAUCUUCUUCCAGUGACCCAGCAGUGUGUCAUGUGGUCCCUGCUAUGUUGCAACACAUGUGAAGACGACCCACCAUUAUUCAAAUUUUUACAUUUUCCCAAAUUUGUUAAAAUUCAUCAGUUCUUAUUCUGUUUGCAGAAUUGAGGAUAACACCAAAUUUUCUUUGAAAAAAAAAAAUUGGGAAGAAAUUAAGUUUUCAAAUUCUUUUUUUACACAUUGUAUAUUAACAUGUUAUGACCUAUUGUUUUAAGUGAGAUGCAGUUUUAUUUAAAUUUUAUAGAUGGAUUCAUUGACAAAAUUUUUUUCCGAGUAUGAAGGGAAUACUUACAUAAUUGUGACCCGCUCAACAAAAAAGGGUAUUAUGAAAUUGAGUUUCAUACAUGGUUCGAAAGCCCACAACGUAAGCUUUUAUUUGGUAUAUAAUAGAGCUCCAUAGCCCCUCCCAUUCUGGAGAUACGACGUAUUUGCAUAUUAAUUACUUCCUUGGAGUUUGAAUUACACAACUGAGAAAACAGGCUUUGAAAUAGCUGGCUCUGUUGUAGAUUUGGGCACGAUGCACUAAAAAUUGUUGUUUUUUCCCCCACUUUAUUCAUCGAAAUCAACAUUUCUGUGAAUGAAACCUGAAACUUUAGGUAUUAAAGAUGUCAUUCAUGACAAAAAAUGAAAAUGUAAUUUUGACGAAAUGUUCAACCUCUCAACGUUGAGUAACGAUAAUGCACAGCGUGACUUGAUUUCCUUUUUGUGGAGUGGGUCACAAUUAUGAAACUCAUGACAUCAUUGGAACAUCAGUGAUUCGUGAAUAGGUAUUUUUUUUUUGGA